GAAUGAAAUCAGCUCGAUCCUUUGGUUCUUUCAAUCCAGGGAAUGAUCCGCAGUGGAAAUACGUCACAGAGCAAGACCCUAAGUGUGAAAGGAAGAAGAAACUCAAAAUAGAAGGCAAGGAUCUGGUGUCGGUGCCUCUGCGGGUCUUUGGCUUGGAAGGCCUUCAGGCCCUGGAGAUGAGCCCGGAACGAGAAAGCUGCCUGGAGUACAGGAUGGAGCUGAUCCCUCGAGAAAUCAGCCACCUGAGGAACCUGACCCUCCUUUACAUGGACUCCAACAACCUGAAGGAGAUCCCUGCCGAGAUUGGCACCUUGAGCAAUUUGGAGAGACUCACCCUCAGCAACAACAGCCUGCGCUCCCUGCCGCCAGAGAUCGGUGGCUUGGGCAAGCUACGCAGCCUGCAUCUGGCCAACAACAACUUCACGGAACUGCCUGCCCAGCUCUGCCAGCUGAGACAGCUCACCUUUCUGGAUGUCAGUGAUAACCAAAUAAGCACCCUUCCUCCCAGCAUUCAGCAUCUGGAGAGGCUGGAGACGCUGCUGUUGCUGUUCAACUCUCUCGAGCAACUGCCGGGGAAUGUGUGUAUUUUAAGAAACUUGCGCACUCUGUGGCUGGGCUAUAACCAUCUAAGGGCCCUUCCUGAAACGUUUGGAGAGCUGGUCCACUUGGACUGGGGAUAUAAUUACUGUUCGUGCAAUUUUGAGGGGAAUCCGCUGGUACGCCCACCCCCGGAAGUGUGUGGUGGAGGCCCCGGAGAGAUCAGGAAGUACUUUGCUUCACCCUAUGAGCUAGUAAGUGAGACAGCCAGCAUCACAGCAGACACAGGGGAGAUUAAAGGAGAGACCUCAGGAGCUGUGGGGGGCCAGUCUGUGCAGCUUGACAAUAAACCCUUCCAAGUUCAUAGCUCAGGAGCCAAGGAGUCGGUCAUAAAGCAGGUAGAAGGAGCCUUCAUGCAUCUGAAGAGCAGGUUUAAAUGCCUGCUCACUCGCCUGGACAUGGGGGAAUGCAACAUCCCCGAGGUGGUUGCCGCCUGUUGUGUGCUACGCAACCUGGUGGGGAGGAAAGGGGAGGCCUUCCUCCAAGGGUGGGGAACAUGGGAUGAUGUAGAAGGGAGGCAGUUUGAGCAGCCUUGGGCAGCUGCCAUCUGCCAAGCCCACCAGUCAAGAUUGAGUAUUCAGGAGGCCUUGAGGCAGAGAUUAUCCCAAUGA